CUGAGUUGAUGUAUGCCGCGUGUACAAUUUCCGAGUGCCUGCGUAUCAAGUAUGGUACGCUGGCAGAGGAUUAAAUAGCUUCACUUUCUUCAAUCUCUUCUCGGCUAUCUCUAGGCUAUUCUCCUCUCUUUUGCCGUUAUCGUCUUUCUGGAGCCCGCAGAGGGAAAGUGUGGCGAAAAACCCAAGAUGUGCACCUUGGAGAAGCGCGGCCGCGUUUUCGUCCUCACCCUAGCCGGCGACGACGAGCACCAUCUCAACCCCACCCUCAUCGACGACAUCCGAGCCGCCCUGCGCCGAGUCCGAGAUGGCUCCACCCCUGGCUCGGCGCUGGUCACCAUCGCCGAGGGCAAGUUCUUCUCCAACGGCUUCGAUCUCAACUGGGCCAAAGCCGCGGGCGCCGGCUUCCAAGACCGGCUCGAGCACAUGGUCUCCAAAUUCGACCAGAUCGUGGCCGAUCUGAUCUCGCUCCCGAUGCCGACCGUUGCAGCCGUUACUGGCCACGCCGCUGCAGCUGGGUUCAUGCUCGCGCUGAGCCACGACUACGUCUACAUGAGGAAAGACAGGGGCGUUCUGUAUAUGAGCGAGCUCAACAUCGGCCUUCCCUUCCCCGAUUAUUUCAUGGCUCUGAUGAGAUCGAAGAUCGGCGGGCUCAAAGCUCGGCGCGACGUGGUGCUGCGGGCCGCGAAGAUCAAAGCCGCGGAGGCUGUGGAGAUGGGGAUUAUCGAUGCGGCGCACGAUAGCUCCGGCGAGACGGUGGAUGCUGCGAUGCGCCAGGCGGAGGAGCUAGCAGGGAGGAAGUGGAGCGGUGAAGUGUAUGCGUCGAUAAGGAAAGCCAUGUUUGCUGAGGUUUCGGAACUGCUGGGGUUGGUGGAGAAGAAGACGGCAACAGCUUCGCGCCUCUGAUACGUGAUAGAUCCGGAGAUGGAUCUGAUCGUUCAUCUACUGGACCUAUAUCCGUUAUAUAGCAUUUCUUAUGAUUCGUCAGGGUUUUAUCUGUUCUCUUAUUGACCGUCCAUUUUGAUGCCGCCAUCCCGUGGCCAUGGAUAUGGGCAAGAAGAUCGUGCUUUUUAUUUUCAA